GCUUUUAUGAUUUUCUCCAUUGUUUCCAAUCAAUCCAUCUAGGGCUUUCAAUACCACCCAAAUUCACUAUCAUAAAAUUUUUGGGGUUUUUGAUCUCGCUCCCUUAGCUAGGGUUUCCGUACAUUCUAUCUUGACUUCAUCCCAUAAAAUUCACUUACUCCUUGUUAAUCUGUUUUGAAUUAUUUGAAAAUAUAAUCUUUUGGAUUUUCUCUUCUUCUUUUUUUUUAUAAAUAUAUUUGGAGCUGAUUUUUGUACUAAGUAUUGACAGGUUAGAUUCCAAUUCACUUUCUAUCUCUUUCUUUAGGGUUUCUGGAAUUGGGAACUCAAAUCCUUGCUUUGUUUAGCUUCUUCAACGGUUUGUUUCCCUUAAUUUUUUCUUGACCGUUAAAAUUAAAAAAAUUUGGCGGUUGAUUUUGCUAGUGUUUAGCUACUUCAGCUGACUUUUGGAAUUUGGGAUAUCAAAAUUUGAACUUUAUUCUUUUUAGGGGUCUUUCUUGAUUCGGUUAAAAAUAGGAUAUUUCAAAUUUGAGUAACUAGGCAGUUUAAAGUUUCCAAUUUGGAUCAGUUUCCGCAGUAAAACUUGGAGAAAAAAAGAAACCCAAAAUUCAAAAUCUCAACUUUUUAUCUUUUAUACUGUCCUUUUGGGUUCUUGUUGAUUUAUCUCCGAUUUUGAUACUGUGAUCAAGGAAAUAAAAAACAAAAGGAAUGGCCUCGUAUGGGCCAUUUCCUCCUUCACCACCACAAAAUCAAAACCCACUUCCACUCCAACAACAACAUUAUGGUCAAAAUUACAACCAAAUGAAUCCGAAUCCGAAUUACCAUUACCCUCCUUCAAGACCGCCCCAACAGCACCACCCACCACCCCCACAACAGCGAUAUUCUUAUCCCCCUCCGCCUCCACCUCCCCCACUUCCUACUUUGCCUACAAUACCACAAAAUACGAUCAACUCAGAGCCACCAAUGUGCUAUCCACGUUCACAGUAUUCAUCACAGUAUAGUAAUCAAGCAAUGCAGCCACCUCCCUCACCUCCUCCUCCGGGUUCUUUGAUCCCUCCACCACCUCCCCCGAGUUCUCCACCACCGCCACCUCCUCCAAAGGAGAGUGUUGAGGACAAGGGGUUAAGUGAGCGCAGUAAGGGAGGGAAUAGGGAUUAUUCGGGUUCUGGAAGGCUUGAACAUGGGCAUUCCAAUCACGGGGUUGGAGGUAGAGAGCUAAAGGUAGGAAGGGUGGAGACGGAGGAGGAGAGAAGAUUGAGGAAGAAAGGGAAGUCUGAGAAGCAAAGGCAAGAGAAUCAUAGGCAGCAGAUGAAGGAGUCCCAAAAGACCCAGAUGAUGUCAUCGGGGAAAGGGCAUGGUUCAAUGGUAGGGUCACGGAUGGGAGAUAGGAGAGCUACACCGUUUUUGAGCUGUGAGAGGAUUGACAACAGGUUAAAGAAGCCAACUACAUUCUUGUGCAAGUUGAAAUUCCGAAAUGAACUUCCUGAUCCAAGUGGACAACCCAAACUCACUGCUUUGAAGAAGGAUAAAGAUCGAUUUACAAAAUACACCAUCACUUCUAUGGAGAAAAUGUACAAGCCUAAACUUUUUGUUGAGCCAGAUCUUGGGAUACCACUGGACCUGCUUGACCUUAGUGUAUACAAUCCUACUAGUGUUAGACCACUUCUUGCCCCAGAAGAUGAGGAACUCUUGCGAGAUGAUGAAGCUGUAACCCCUAUAAAAAAAGAUGGUAUAAGACGAAAAGAAAGACCCACUGACAAAGGUGUUUCUUGGCUGGUUAAAACACAGUAUAUAUCUCCACUUAGUAUGGAAUCAAUAAAACAGUCUCUGACUGAAAAGCAAGCAAAAGAACUGCGAGAACUUAAGGGAGGCCACAAUCUUUUGGAUAACCUUAACAAUAGGGAAAGGCAAAUCAAAGAAAUUGAGGCAUCAUUUCAGGCAUCCAAGUUACGUCCUGUCCAUGCAACCAAUAAAAACUUAGAGCCUGUUGAAGUUAUGCCCCUCUUACCCGAUUUUGAUCGCGUAACUAUGUCUCAGUUGAUCAAGAUUAAUAGGUACAAUGAUCAGUUCGUUGUGGUGGUAUUUGAUAGUGCUCCUACAGCUGACUCAGAAAUCUUCAGCAAACUGCAUGGCUCUAUUCGUGAUGAGCAUGAAUCAAGGGCCAUUAUGAAAAGUUAUCUGGCACCAAGCUCAGAUCCGGCUAAUCCUGAGAAAUUUUUGGCAUACACGGUGCCUUCUCUUGAUGAGCUAUCGAAGGAUAUGUAUGAUGACCAUGAAGACAUCUCAUAUUCUUGGGUUCGUGAAUACCAUUGGGAUGUACGGGAUGAUGAUGCAAAUGACCCUACAACAUACCUUGUUUCAUUCGAUGAAGGAGAAGCUCGUUAUGUGCCUCUUCCCACAAAGCUUAAUUUAAGAAAAAAGAGGGCCAGAGAGGGAAGGUUGAGUGAUGAGAUUGAACAUUUUCCUAUACCUUCUAGAAUAACUGUGAGGAGAAGAUCAACAGUUGCUGCAAUAGAACUGAAAGAGCCAGAGGUUUAUUCCAACUCAAGGGACGGUAUCUCAAGCUCAAAGAUAGGAAGGCUAGAUGCUGAAGAUGGCCUCGGAAGACCACAGAAACUUGCACGAUACCAAGAUGUCGAUCAGCAUAGCGGAGAUGAAGAUGAUUUGUCUGAUUGAUUGGUGCAUGAGUAAAUGAUGGUAGCCUUUCAGAAGGUUUUGAGGAGUUUUGUAGCUGUUGGGCGUUGACUGAUCCUUAGUUAUUUCUGUAAAGCCUCACCCAAAUAAAUCAGGAUAAGUGAUAUAUCCCCCAUAUUUGUAUUCCAAAACUUUUGGUUUUUGGAUCCUUAGUUAAAUUCAGUUGAGAUAUAGAUUUUUCCCUUUUUUUUUUUUUCCUUGAAUACUGUAACAGGCGAGUGGAGAAAGAGUAAAUUGUUGUACGAAGAGAUUAAGCAAAUGUAAAAUGAUGUUUUUACGUGUAUUUUCCCACAACCGUUGCGUUGUACCUUCAAGCAGUUUUGUGUUGUCUUUUCAUUGCCACUCGAUUUAGAAAGUAUUAAUGUGUGAUGUAAAAAUUUACAAUUAAAUAAUUCAUAAUUUUAUUUCGUCGAAUAUUUUACUUCAGACAUUAAUUUUAUUAAAAUAAUUAAUAAUAUCAUGACACAAUUUAAAAUUUAUUUUAAUUUGUCAGUCUUGUCAGAUCAGCAUUUGAAUCAAAUAGAUAACGAAACAAAACGUCUCGUGAUAUUUUUUUA